AGGGGUAUUCUCGAAGUGUUGCACGUAGCACGUAUUGCACGAAAUGGAAAAAUACUAUUCAAAAUUUGCAAGAGUACGAGAGCACCCCUAUUGCAAACUGUAGUUGCAUUCAAGUCAAACAGCUGAUUACAUAUGUGGCAUUGUUUUUACCUAUCAAAAAACAAAACAAUUAAUGAACACAAAAAUGCCGCGCACUUCUGAAAAGCAAAAAAUUAUAAAUUUUCUGAUUGAACAAGCUGCUUUCGACAUUCUGCUUCAGGAUGAUGAAGCUAGUUUCUGGGAGAUUAUGGAAAAUUUGAAUGAAGAACUUAUAAUCACUUUAUCGAACUAUCGGGGAAGUUUUCAACAAGUGCCUAAAAGUUUGGAAUGGAGAACCACUAUCCUUCCACAAUUAGACGAAUACCGUUUUCGGCAGAUGCUUAGAGUUACGAGAGACCAAUUUACAUUUAUACUGUCUUUGAUUAGAAACAAUAUCGAAUUUAACAAAUCGCACUCUGUUAGACAAUAUUCGGUGGAUCAUCAACUGGCCAUAGUUUUAUUUCGUUUAGGUUCAUCAGGCGAAAAUGCGGCUAUUAGGAAAAUAGCUUCAGUGUUUGGAGUUGGUGAUGGUGAAACUAUUUACAAAAUAACAAAGAGAGUCUUUCAAGCUUUCUUGGAACUCAAGUCCAAAUAUAUUUACUGGCCGGAUGCUGCUGAAAGGCAAGAAAUAGUGAAAAACACGUAUAAUGAGAUGCCACAUUGUAUAGGAUACAUCGACGAUUAUAUGUAUAACGUACUUGAAGAUGACGAGGAACUGGAUGAGCUUACUAUGAAUGAAAUUGGUCAAAAUAGUAGUCAAGCAGAAUCCAAACGCAGCUAUUUGUGUGCAUUAAUGGUAGGCGAUUAA